ACUCUCAGCCUUUAGUUUAUGUGCAGUCUGCUCUGCAUUCACUUUUGAGAGUCUCUACGACUCAGAGCAAAGCUGUUCACAUCGAGCUUUUUUUGUUUAUUUGUUAAUUUAGUUUCCCCCUUUGUUUUGCACCUUUUGUUAAACAUUGCACUUUACGUUUUUUUUUGUUUUUUUUUUAUUAUUAUUUUAAUUUCUGUAUAUAGCCUACACCAGGAUGGAACUGAAUUCUCUUCUUCUUCUUCUUGAGGCAGCUGAGUAUUUGGAAAGAAGAGACAGAGAAGCUGAACACGGUUACGCGUCUGUUUUACCCUUCGACAAUGACUUUUCCGGAAAGAAAACGAAAUCCUCUUCCAUUUCCAGAAAACCCCACAACAACAGGUCAUCACACAAUGAGCUGGAAAAACACAGACGUGCCAAACUGCGCUUGUACCUGGAGCAGCUGAAACGGCUCGUGCCUUUGGGUCCUGACAGCUCCCGUCACACCACACUGAGUCUGCUCAAACGAGCCAAGAUGCACAUCAAGAAGCUGGAGGAACAGGACAGGAAGGCUCUGAACAUGAAGGAGCAGCUGCAGAGAGAACACCGCUACCUCAAACGGCGUCUGGAGCAGCUGUCUGUGCAGGGCUUGGAGCGCGUUCGCACGGACAGCAUGGGCUCCACCAUCUACACCGACUCUGAGCAAGAAGUGGACGUGGACAUCGAGGGGAUGGAGUUCACAGCAGGUGAAGGUGAGAGCGUGCACAGUGUUAGUGAUGGAGAAGACCACUACAGCCUGCAGAGCAGCUCCAGCGAUGGAGGACACCAUCCACACUCCUGCAGACUACAGGCUCACAUCUGCUAGACGAGUGUGACCUCCCCAUCAUACACAUCAGCCGUCCUCACAGCUGGCAGGAUGCACCUGGCUGAUUUACACUCCUCGGGAAACUCGCAACUCUUGCUAUGCUUUAUAUCAAACCCUCCCCAACACCACAAAUACACAGACGAGCAGUAUGUGGUUUAGAAAGAACAUGUGUGUGGUAAUGCAGUUUUAACUCGUCUCUUCUGAUGUCAGACAGCCUCUUAACUCCAAGGGAAUUGGCUUGCUUAUGUGAUUCUACUGUGGAUUUCUGGCCGCGUUUACACUUGCAGAAAAUCAGAUUUGUUUAUAACUAACAUCAGAAUUCUUCGCACAUUUAUAAACACAAAAAUCAAUUUUAUCGCCGCCGUUCUGAUUUACAUGAUCAGAUUACUUUUUUCAAGUAACUAGUACAUUAAGAGUUUUUUUUCUAUUUAAAACAAAUAAAGAGGCUCAGCCCAUGUGAAAUAAAGUAACACAAAAGUAACGCAUUACAUUCCAUAAACUGUAACUAAGUAACACAAUUAGUUACUUUCCCCGACACUGCUUCAUCUGAGCCACUCCAAACAUUCAGGAAGCUGUCCUGUGAUUUCAUGAAUUAAAAUAGGUUCUACUGAACUCUAAAUAGUAUUUUUGAACAGCAACGUGAUCAUUAUUCUAUUGUGAAUGUAAACGCUGUGUCGUGUCUUAUAUGAUUAUAAACAAAAGGGGAAAAAACAUAUAUGAUCAAAAGAUCAGAUCAGUGCAUUAAUGUAAACGCUGCCACAAAACAAACAAAGGUGCGGAGUAAAUCUAUGCUAUCUAGGUAGGCAGCUCACUAGGUUUGUGAAUCAGUUCAUCUUGCAUCAUGGGUUUGAAGAGGAUUCUUGUGUGGUUCCUAAGAAAAGUGCAAGUUGUAGCAUCAUGCACACUAAUAGACUAACGGAGCAGGAGCGAGAGGACAAAACUAAAGGGCACUUCUAGGAAUCCGUGGAUUCUAUUUCAGCAUUUACCUCUGUGUAGAAGUCUUUAUCUAAAACUAUCAGUAGUAAAUGAUGUAGCAGUAAACUUGGAAAGCUGAUGAACUGAUUCUGGCACAAGUCUGAAAGACGUGAGAAGAUGAACAGAGCUGUUUUGUUUCAGUUGUGUGUAUUACACUCAAACCGACAAGUUAAAACUGCAUGACCGGCCGUGCAUGUAAAGUUACUGUCAGAAAAUCAUACUGAUGCUUUUCUUCAUUUCCCCGUAACGUACUCGCAUAAUUCCUGACGCCUUUAUUCUUCAGCAGUAUAUAUAUGCAGUGCAUUGUGCAAUACUCCAUGUAUGAAUGAAGAAGGUUCUUAAUGCUGGGAAUCCCAGCUCUUCUGAGACCCAAAUAAAAAGAAACAGAAAAAUAUACAUAUAUAUAUUUGAAAAAAGGAAGAAAAAAACAAGUGUAGUUUAUAUUUUCUGUAGUGCUUUUGUAGUAUAUUUUCCAAAUAGAAGAGUAUAUGAGAAUGACAGGAAGUGAGGCCAGACUAAUGUUUGGGAGAGCUCUGUCACGCUGUGCCUUGACUCGUCUUAGCCUUGUUUCUGUGAUCCAUCCCUCCGAACCAGCACGACCUGCCAGCUUCCAUCCUCAGAACAGAUUGAUGAGGAACAUGACUUAGUCACCUCUGACCUUCAUCAAAACUACUUUGUUCUGUCAUGCAUCAUCCUGAACAACACUGGUCAUCUUCUCCUGUGGCAGCUCGUCUCACCUAAACAACUCUGCUCUUGAGGCUCUUUCCAUUUUUAUUACCCUGUCUUGUUAUUAUCAUCCUCAUUUCUAAGAUGUGUUUUGUAUUUCAAACAAUGAAUCGGAAGACCUUGGGAGAAGAGCAUUGGAAUCAAUCAUUAAUGGCAGCUGGAGUCUCCCAGAGGUAGAUCCUGUUCUUUAGUGUUAAAGUAUCUGAUCUUCUGCCUAUAAACGCAAAGAGACCGCAAUAAGAGUCUUGUGUUUGCAAAAGUGUGCGGUGUUGUAUUAGAAAGCAGCACUGUUUCACAAUUAUGGUGCAUAUUGUGACCAACGCGUUUUUUUGUUUGUUUUUGUUUUAUUCUCUCCAUUCUAUGCAAACACUUAAAGGAUUAUGGAAGCCCAUUUCUGCCACAGAAAAACGCAAAAAAUAAUAAUUUUAACCAAAUUGUUUUUUAAUAAACUCAGAAUUCUCAGAAUUGUUUUAUCAGAGUUGUCAGUGAAAACUUAACUCAGAGUUUACUUCUUGUAAUUUAUUUUGUGUUUUGUUUCCACCAUGUAAUAAAACAUUUAAAUUGAGUCUUUUUAUGUCACAAUUCGGAUUUCUUUUUUCUUGCAAUUGUGAGUUUAUGUCUCACAACAAUGACAUUUCUUCUGAGAAUUGCACGUUUUUAUAUAUUAUUUUAUGCAUUAUAAUAUUCUGUCUUUUUAUUUUGUGGCAGAAACUGGCUUCCAAAAAAAGUUAUAUUUUUAUUUUUUUUAUAUUGUUUUAUUCUGUUUAGUUUUAUAUAUAUAUAUAUAUAUAUAUAUAUAUAUAUAUAAUAUUUUUUUUUUUUUUUUAAGCUACAUUUUAAUGAAGAGUUUACAUUAAUGUCAUGGAAAUGCCAGACUGUUGUAGCAAAACUAUUCUUUUUUCGGUGUGUGCUGAUCAAGUGUCUUGUUAAAUCAAGAACCCUCUUGCACAGAACCUCCCAUUAACACGCUUUGAUUGAGAGUUCAGAGAAUUGAUCAAAUCUCUACGAGACUGUAGCUUUCAUUGGGAUUAUCACAGAAGUCACACGCCAAACACGUGAAAUCAAGCUCAAGCCAGUUUCCAGUGUGAUGAAAGAAAUACUUUGUGACAGACACAGGACUAUUCAGUGGCUGCAGGGUUUUCCAAAAGCUUUAAAACACUAAAAUGAGGGUCAGAUAUAAUUAAUCGGAAAGUGCAAGGUGUCCAAGAAUCUGAAAUGUGUGUUCCAUCACUCAGCACAAAACAAAAAGAUUAAAUGAAACUUUGUGUUUGCUGGGCCAUGCAGAAUUUUUGAUUGUGAAUAUUAAAUUCAAUGCAGCAGGAAAAGUAGACCAGAGUGAACAAGAAAAAAAUAUAUAACUUUAUAAAAAUUCCUUUUACGUUUGUUGUAUAAAAGCACCAGAAGAGAGAAAGAGAAAGAUUCCCGCCAUAUAAAUUCUAUUAGAUAAAGACUUUUAUUUUUCUAUCCGCUCCCAAUGUUGUGAGGCAUCAGAUUUCUAUCUUUGUAUGAAUAUAGAUUUAUGACCUAUAUUUUCUGCUCACUUUCCUCUCCCCUGCUUGUAUUAGUUCUGUGUUAAUGGAGCAGUUUGUGGACAGGUCUGUGUGCGGCGUAGCUUACAGAACGCUUGCGUUUUAGCAUGAGAGAAACUUGCGGAAAGAGAAAACUGAGAAAGGGAGGGUUCUGUGCCGGAGACCUGUGAACAGAUGUCCUUUUAGAAAACAAGUUAUAUGCAUUCAGAUGUUGUAUAAUAUUGUAAAGGUGUGUUUUUUUUCAUUAUGUGUGUGCGUGUGUGUGUACAUACUCAUAUUUACCUGGUGCUGGCUAUGUUAGAGCCCACACUCUGAGGUAUUAUGUAUUCUUGUAUUGUAAUAUAAUUGAUCAAUGUUAAUAAAAUGUUUUAUACUGUA